AUGUCGGUGACAGCUCAAGAUGUCAGAAAAGAAAACCCAUUGCUGAUUAAAUUUAGAGCAAAGUUCUACCCUGAGGACGUGGCUGAAGAGCUGGUUCAGGAAGCUACACAGCGCUUGUUUUUCCUCCAGGUGAAAGAGGGAAUCUUGAAUGAUGAUAUCUACUGUCCACCUGAGACGGCUGUUCUACUGGCCUCAUAUGCUGUGCAGAUGAAAUACAGUGACUUCAAUAAAGAAUAUCACAUCCCUGGAUAUUUGAGCAGAGACAAAUUGCUGCCCCAAAGAGUUCUAGAACAACAUAAACUGACUAAAGAGCAGUGGGAAGAUCGAAUUCGGGUGUGGCAUGAACAACACAAGGGCAUGAUCAGAGAGGAUGCAAUGAUAGAAUACUUGAAGAUUUCUCAGGAUCUGGAGAUGUAUGGAGUGAACUAUUUCAGCAUCAAAAACAAAAAAGGAUCGGAGUUGUGGUUGGGUGUUGAUGCUUUGGGACUCAACAUAUAUGAACGCUCAGACAAGCUGACACCUAAGAUUGGAUUUCCCUGGAGUGAGAUACGGAAUAUUUCUUUCAAUGACAAGAAAUUUGUCAUUAAGCCCAUAGACAAAAAGUCACCGGACUUUGUGUUCUAUGCACCUCGUCUGCGCAUUAACAAGCGUAUCCUGGCCCUGUGCAUGGGAAACCAUGAUCUUUACAUGAGACGACGCAAGCCAGACACUAUUGAGGUGCAGCAGAUGAAAGCACAGGCCAGAGAAGAGAAGAACAAGAGACAACAAGAAAGAAUGUCCACAUCCCCCCUUGACACCUCAAACUAA